AUGAAAGGCAUUGCAUUAACCAGCGAUUCCACUUCUUUAGAUAAUACAAAUUUUGCACGUGCUGUCUUUUUAUCUACGAUUAACAUAUACUACCUAACUUUGAUCAUAUUCACUGUUGAUUCGCAAAUCUCAGAUACAACUAUACCUGAUAGCACAAUCAUCUCUAUGAACCAAAUAUUUUAAAAAAAUAGUAUAUUACCCGAUAUGAGCCGACUUUUCCACAUUUUCACAGUUCUACUCUCUUUGUGCAUCCUUUGCCGAUCCCAAAUACUUAACUUUCAUUGUGACUUUGACACCAAGUUAGACGGCGACUGUCUAUUCACCGCCACGAAUGGUGGCAAUAAAAUGACUCUAGAUCAAGGUCCCAACCCAGCUGGAAAGCCAAAACAGCCCCUGUCAGACGCUAAAGCAGUUAUAUCACUCACUGAUCCUGAUAAUCAGCCAUGCAACUUUCCAUACAAAUACGGUGGUGCAGAUAUAUACUUCUGUCGUCGCUCUUCCAAUGGCACAUACAGUUGUCCAACUGAUGCUGAUGUUGGACGAUGUAAAGCAGCAAAGGUCACAAAAAGCACAAGCACAACACAGUGCUUUGACUUCUACUACUAUAUCACUGAAGCAACAGGCAAUGCUAAGAUCGAAGUAUCGUGGGAAGGAAACGGAGACUUGGAUGAAAUUGUGAUAGUGGAAGCAGAUCCAGCCGAGAACAAGUGGCAGCACAGUCGAAUGACUUUCACAGUUCCACCAUCCACUUCUACAUAUGAUAUCUCUUUGAGAAUAAUGCGUGACAGCGGAGUGUUUGGUUUUGCUUUUGCAUUUGAUGAAAUCAAGAUCUAUGAUGCAUCUUGUGGUAAUAUUGAGAACUAUACUAUUGUGGAACCCACGACAAGCGUACCAAUUGUUAAACCUAACAUCACAAGCUCUGUUCUAUCUCGUACAAUUCUACUCUCUAUAUGCAUCCUUUGCCGAUCCCAAAUACUCAACUUUCAUUGUGACUUUGACACCAAGUUAGACGGCGAUUGUCUAUUCACCGCCACGAAUGGUGGCAAUAAAAUUACUCAAGAUCAAGGUACCGCCCCAACUGGAAAGGCAAAACAGCCCCUGUCAGACGCUAAAGCAGUUAUAUUACUCACUGAUCCUGAUAAUCAGCCAUGCAACUUUCCAUACAAAUACGCGGGCGCAGAUCAAUACUUCUGUCGUCGCUCUCUCAAUGGCACAUUCAGUUGUCCAACUGAUGCUGGUGUUGGACGAUGUAAAGCAGAUCACUCCUAUACAGCAAAGGUCACAAAAAGCACAAGCACAACACAGUGCUUUGACUUCUACUACUAUAUCACUGAAGCAACAGGCAAUGCUAAGAUCGAAGUAUCAUGGGAAGGAACCGGAGACUUGGAUGAAAUUGUGAUAGUGGAAGCAGAUCCAGCCGAGAACAAGUGGCAGCACAGUCGAAUGACUUUCACAGUUCCACCAUCCACUUCUACAUAUGAUAUCACUUUGAGAAUAAUGCGUGACAGCGGAGCGUCUGGUUUUACUUUUGCAUUUGAUGAAAUCAAGAUCUAUGAUGCAUCUUGUGGUAAUAUUGAGAACUAUAGUAUCGUAGAACCUACGACAACGAUACCAGGUACGACAACCACCACCACCAUUAGUACUACAACAUCCGAUACAACAACAACGAUUACUACUACCCCGGUUACCACCACUCCAGUACCGGAUACAACAACAACGACCACAACCCCGGCUACCACCACACCAGUACCAGAUACAACAACAACGACCACUACCCCGGCUACCACCACCCCAGUACCUGAUACAACAACAACGACCACUACUCCGGCUACCACCACCCCAGUACCGGAUACAACAACAACGACCACUACUCCGGCUACCACCACCCCAGUACCGGAUACAACAACAACGACCACUACUCCGGCUACCACCACCCCAGCACCGGAUACAACAACAACGACCACUACCCCGGCUACCACCACCCCAGUACCGGAUACAACAACAACGACCACUACCCCGGCUACCACCACCCCAGUACCGGAUACAACAACAACGACCACUACUCCGGCUACCACCACCCCAGUACCGGAUACAACAACAACGACCACUACUCCGGCUACCACCACCCCAGUACCGGAUACAACAACAACGACCACUACUCCGGCUACCACCACCCCAGUACCGGAUACAACAACAACGACCACAACCCCGGCUACCACCACACCAGUACCCGAUACAACAACAACGACCACUACCCCGGCUACCACCACCCCAGUACCGGAUACAACAACAACGACCACUACUCCGGCUACCACCACCCCAGUACCGGAUACAACAACAACGACCACUACUCCGGCUACCACCACCCCAGUACCGGAUACAACAACAACGACAACAACCACUACUCCGGCUACCACCACCCCAGUACCGGAUACAACAACAACGACAACAACCACUACCCCGGCUACCACCACUCCAGUACCUGUUACAACAACAACGACAACAUCCACUACCCCGGCUACCACCACUCCAGUACCGGAUACAACAACAACGACAACAACCACUACCCCGGCUACCACCACUCCAGUACCUGAUACAACGACGACGACAACGACGACGACGACAACAACAACGACGACAACAACAACAACAACGACGACGACAACCACGACGACGACGACAAAACCAAUUCUUCGUCUGCUCGAUUGCGAUUUUAGUACUGACACCUGCUUUCAGGAUACUGACAUCACUAUCACCAAUGGAACCGAAGUUCCUCUCCUCGACCUCUCUCAACCUCCUCGAGCACCUCUCUCAGAUGCCACCUCCGUCAAUUCACCAACAACCAAUUCAUACAAAUGCAGUGUACCCUAUCAACUAUCCGUCGAAAACUCCACCAACACCACUGACUGGAAUAUGUGGUUCUGCUACAACAAUCAAUGUCCAACACAAAACGGUGAAACAGCUGACUGUGUAUCAGGCAGCUACGGUCUCAUGUUUCUGGAUCCAUCCGACUCGAACAAAAACAUCACCACUUCGAUCAGUGACGAGUCGCUGAUGCGAAGUUCGAGUGGCGAUGAGCAUUGUCUUCGAUAUGAAUACUUUUUCACAGUGUAUGAUGAUGCCGAUUGGGGUCAACAGUUGUCCGUAUGGAUGAAGUCUGCAAAUGGUAGUGAUGAACUGAUUGACCGAAUACGAGUAGAUGAGAUGCAAGAGAAUCGAUGGUAUGAGCGAAACAAGACGUUUGUUGCACCAUCGACGAACUACACGUUGACAUAUUCGUUCGAAGUGAGCAAUGAGAGUGGUAAUCAAGAAGUAGUGGUUAGUCGAACAGUGUAUUUUGGAUUGGACAAUAUCGAGUUAUACAAUCGAAAAUGUGAUGAAGCACUCGAACCAGUCACAGUGAUGACAACUGAACCAGUAACAGGAAACGGCUCAAUGACUACGUCAAAUGUAGGCAGUACAACAGUUGAUGCCACUCAUCCCACAACGACGAAGCCUAACAAUCUAGGACUUAUACUUGGCUUGUCAUUGGGGCUUGGUAUUCCUGCUUUGUUGGUGCUGGUGGUUGGAGCGUUUUGUUAUCUUAAACAAGGCAAACGUAGUAGUCGAUAUGAAGUGGAUGACGAAAAGAAAUCUAUUCCGUUGAAGAUGAGAGGAACAAAAGGUGCUGCCAGCGAUAAUUUAACGCGAUACAUCUACUAA